CCCAACUCUCCCAACGCACUCAAACACACAUCAACACACGACCCACAGCACCAGUCGCAACCAUGGUGCUCGCAAAGUCAAAGAAGAGCGUGGGGCUGGGCAACAGCCUCAUGAACGACCGCUUCGGCAAGGGCAAGGGUGCCGACAUGCGCAAGGGCAACUUCCAGGGCGGCAUCGAGCGGACAGGACAGAAUGGAGAGAGGUACAUCACAAACGACAAGAAGGAGGCUGCGUGGGUCAAGAUGCGCUCUGUGACGGAGCAGAACGACCUCGACGAGUUCCUUUCCACCGCCGAGCUCGCCGGCACCGACUUCACCGCCGAGAAGCUGAACAACGUCAAGAUCAUCCACCGCGACCAGAAGAACCCCUAUCUGCUCUCCGCAGAUGAAGAGCGCACCGCCGUGCGGAAACACAGAGAGAACAAGGAAAAGCUGAGCGUACCGAGGAGGCCUCACUGGGACGAGAAGACAACCCCCCAGCAACUGGACACACGAGAGCGCGAGUCGCUGCUGCAGUGGCGGAGAGGGCUGGCCGAGCUGCAGGAGAACAACGAUCUUCUUAUGACGCCGUUUGAGCGAAACCUCGAGGUCUGGAGGCAGCUGUGGCGCGUUAUCGAGAGGUCCGACUUGGUCGUGCAAAUCGUAGAUGCGCGAAAUCCGCUGCUGUUCCGAAGCGAGGACCUGGAGACGUACGUGAAGGAGGUGGACCCGAAGAAGAACAACUUGCUGCUAGUCAACAAGGCAGACAUGAUGACCUUGGACCAGCGUAAAGCUUGGGCAGACUACUUCGUGGACAAGGGCAUCAACUACAAGUUCUUCUCUGCGGAGCUGGCCAAAGAGAUGAACGCAGCUAGAGAUGGACUUGACCGAAGCGAUGAGGAAGAGGAGGAUUCUGACGCCUCUGACGAUUCUGAUGAUUAUGCCGACGAGGACGACGUGGAGGAGGAAAUCGACCCUGAAGGUGAUGAUCUUGCAAAAGAAGCCAAGAAGAUUGAACUUCAGGACAAAAAGGAAGAAGAGGCAAAGCGGGUCGACGAGGAAACCGUCCCAGGUUCAUCUGGUGAUGUUCCUUUGUCCGACGACGAGGAGCGGAUACGCAUCCUGACAACCGACGAGCUUGAGGCGCUUUUCCUGGAACACGCGCCAGAUGUCGACACAGGCCCGGACGGUGCGCGACGUAAGACACAGAUCGGUCUCGUGGGUUACCCUAACGUCGGAAAGUCCUCCACCAUCAACGCCCUCAUCGGCGCAAAGAAGGUGUCGGUUUCUGCGACUCCUGGUAAAACAAAGCACUUCCAGACCAUACACCUCAGCGACCAGGUCAUCCUCUGCGAUUGCCCUGGUCUCGUCUUCCCCAACUUUGCGACAACCAAGGGCGAGCUCGUCUGUGCAGGUGUUCUCCCGAUUGACCAGCUGCGCGAGUACACUGGGCCGGCAGGCUUAGUCGCACAGCGCGUCCCCAAACCCUUCCUCGAAGCCAUCUACGGAAUGAAGAUUGAAAUCCGACCGCGUGAAGAAGGCGGUACCGGUGUCCCGACUUCGGAAGAGAUUCUCCGUGCCUACGCCAUCGCAAGAGGGUUCCAGACGCAGGGCUUAGGACAGCCAGACGAGUCGCGUGCAGCACGUUACAUUCUCAAGGACUACGUAAAGGGCAAGUUGCUCUACGUCCAUCCCCCACCGACCGAGCCCCCAACCGACGCCAGACAAUUCAAUCGCGAACUCUACGACAUCAACCACCUCCCCGAGAAGCGCCGCCGCCACCUCGCCGCCGCGGCUGCCACUUCGCUCGCCGACAACGAAGACCCUUCCGAGAUGGACGAGGACCUCGACAUUGACAUGGCUCCGCUCACAGGUGAGAAGGGGUCAAGGCUAGACAAGACGUUCUUCGGCGCGAACCGCACCGGGCACGUGUCACGGCCGUUCCACUACCAGUACAGCGAGCAGGGUAAGCAGCUCAGCGGGAGGAAACUGAAGGCUGUGACGGCGAUGGAGAAGGGUGUGGAUGUUAGCGAGCUACAGACGAGCAGCAAGAAGCACUUCAAAGCGAAUAAGCGGAGGGCGAAGAAGGUUAGAGAAGAGUAUGAGUAGAUCGAGCAUAGCUAUGACGAUCGAUUUCGUGCAGGACAGGCGCUGGAGGGGUUGUUUUCUUGAUUCCAGGGCUGACGUACUUCGGAGGUCACUAUAUUGAUGACCCUGAAUCAUAAAUGCAAAAAUCGUAUC